AUGCGACCAAUAGGGGGAGGUGGCACCGGUGGUGAAGAAGAGAUGGGCUGGUCGGAGGACAGCGGAGAAGAUGACGGAGAAGGUUGGGGAGCAAGAGGCCCGGGUGGGGCAAAUUCGGGUGAAGCAGGAGGGAGCGAAUCUGGGCUGUGCGACAAGGGAGGUAAAGUGGUGCUGGGCGGUGCGGGAGGUGACGAGGGAGACAAGACUGGGCUAGACGACGUGGGAGGCGUCGCUGGCGAGGAAACUAGGCUGGGCAAUGCUGGAGGUGUUGUGGCCGCAGAUUGGAUGGAGGUUGAAGACGAUGCGAGCGUAUCAGCAAGAGGUAAAGACAUUGGUGGUAAGUCUGGGCCAGCUGAGAGAUGUGUUGGGCCAACUGGGAGAGUGUUGGAUGAAGGCCCAUCAGAGUGA